CACCCGACCCCAUACCCACUCGACUGGUGCGGUGCCGCGGUGCGGAGCUAGGACGACGUCACCUUCCGCUCAGCUAGCUCAGCUCAGCUCGCCUCGCUCGAGCCAGGAACAACGCGGAGCAGAGGAAGCGAGGCGGCGGCGAUGUCGGCGGGGCUGGUGACCGACGAGGCGACCAUGGGCCGGCUCUACCGGAUCCGGCGGACGGUGAUGCAGAUGCUGCGCGACCGCGGGUACCUGGUGGGCGAGCACGAGCUCGCCACCAGCCGCCGCGACUUCCUCCGCAAGUUCGGCGAGUCCUUCCACCGCGAGGACCUCCUCAUCAACAAGUACAAGAAGAACGACCCCUCCGACCAGAUAUAUGUUUUCUUCCCCAACGAUGAUAAAGUGGGGAUGAAGCACAUCAAGAAGUACGUUGAAAUGAUGACACAUGAGAACGUCUCCAGAGCUGUGUUGGUUCUUCAGCAGAAUCUAACUCCAUUUGCCAAGUCAUUUCUCAUAGAAUUAGAGCCAAAGAUCCACUUGGAAGUUUUCCAGGAGGCCGAGUUGCUUAUAAAUAUCAAGGAGCAUGUUCUUGUUCCUGAGCAUCAGGUGCUCACAAAUGAGGAGAAGAAGACAUUAUUGGAGCGGUACACCUUAAAGGAAACUCAGUACUUCAGUAUGGUUGCUAGCUUGCCAGAUUAACCACAAAAGGCUAUAUCCUCAGCAUUUUCGCUUCCAAGAAUACAGAUUACGGAUCCCAUUGCAAGGUACUAUGGCCUCAGACGAGGUCAGGUAGUGAAGAUCAUCAGACCCAGUGAGACGGCCGGCCGAUACGUCACAUACCGCUACGUUGUAUGAGACAACGUCGCCCCUGUUCGCUGUGCUGGUGCUGGAGGCUGCUGCUGGAGUGGUGUGAGAGAAAAACACUACUGGCUGGCUGAUGGCUGGAGGCUGCUGCUGGAGUGGUGUGAGAGGAAAACACUGUUGGCUGGUGCUGGAGCAUAACAGCAGAACAGGGUGAUCGUAAAACUCAGAACACGAGUGAACUGAAGAAGAGAACCAUAGAUAUGGUAAAUUUUGAAUUUACACACACAUGCCCAUGUGCUUGGAGAAAUCAGGAUCGCUUUGUGGCAGACACUGUUCAACGAACAGUGGGCGCUGCUUGAGUGAAUUUGAAUAAACCGGGUAAAUGGAACACAGAUGAUUUCUCACGUUGUACACUUUUUUUAUGAACUGUAUAAACACUGCAUAAUAAUAGAAGCUUUGUUUUCGGAGCGAUUGAAGCUCCUGAAA